GACCUUGUAGCAGAAUUAGCGCAAUUGACUCUUGAUACGUUAUCUGCCGAGAUAAUUUUUCUUCAUAAGAAUUGGAUUAUGUUGCGAACAUUCAGUAUAGUUUUGGAAAGGUAAAGAAGUACAUUUCUUAAGUUGUUCGCUAAUGAUCAUGAAGAUCUUACUAGUUUUGCUGCCGUACAUGGUGAACUGUGCCAAUAUCCUAGUUCUGGAACCUGUGCCUUCUCCAAGCCAUCAUGUUUGGAUGAAAACGUUGACUUACGCCCUGGCGUCAAAAGGGCACAAUAUCACAGCCAUUUCUGCGGAUAUUGAGGAAGACACUCCUGAAAAUCUUCACUAUCUGCACUUGGACAAAGUCUAUGAAGUUCUUUACGAUGGUUCUGAUGACAUGAAUUAUGUUGAGCUGGGAAAAGCUAAUGGAUUUAUAAAAACUCUAGUGUUUGUAACAUUCAGCAUGCGGUCACUUGAAGGAAGUGUGAUUUCUAAAGGAUAUAAGCAGCUUCUGGACUAUCCGGAUGAUUUCAAGUUUGACCUGAUCAUCUACGAUUUCGUGCUUGGCCCACUUCUUCUUCCGUUCGCCACAAAGUUUCCCAGCACGCCUAUUAUAGGUGCAACUGCCUACUCUUCUUCUGGAUUCUCAAUACCAGUUCUUGGAGGAACUUUCACCCCAGCAUUUAUUCCCUACAUUUUCUACUCUUCUGAAUUACAGACCUUCCAAGAUCGUAUGAAUAACUUUGUUUUCACUUUCUUGGACUAUCUCCUUCGAAUGUACUACAUCACUCCAAGGAUACACAAAGCAAUGGGUCACGAUUUCCCUCAUUUAAAGGAUGUUCGGGAAUUGGACAAAACUCUUAAACUAGUAUUGAUUAACAAAGACCCAGUCCUUUCAAUUCAGGAGCAAUCACUGCCGAACGUUAUCUCCGUUGGAGGCAUGCAAAUUCAGAGAGCAAAUGCUCUUCCGAAGGACCUCCAAACUAUACUCGAUGAGGCAAAGAAAGGAGUAAUCUUGUUCUCAUUGGGCACCAACAUUAUGGGCAGCAUGGUGAAAAGCGAGCGUUUCACUGAAAUUUUGGAAGCAUUCAGAUCUCUUUCUGAGUAUACAAUAAUUUUUAAGAUGGACCCUGAGAAAAUUCCGGGACGUCUACCGAGUAACGUUGUGGUCAGAAGUUGGCUUCCUCAGAAUGACAUUUUAGCUCAUCCCAACUUGAAGCUGUUUAUCACUCAUUGCGGUCUUCUGAGCGUCCAAGAAGCUCUUUGGCAUGGCGUUCCAAUGCUGGGAAUUCCCAUAUUUGCGGAUGGAUUUGACAAUAUCAGACUUCUGGCUAAGCAAGGAAUUGCUGAGCAGCAGGACAUCAUGCAGAUUGAACGACAUUCUCUGCAGCAAGUAAUGAAGAAGAUCCUGGACGAUCCCAAAUAUUGGAACAAUGCUCAGGCUCUGUCUAGGAUUUUCAAGGACCAGAAGGAGACACCUCUGGAGAGAGCGAUUUGGUGGACAGAAUUCGUUCUUAGGAAUCCUAACUCAACUCACAUGAGAUCCCAAUCAUUGGAUCAGGGAGUUUUCAUAAGACAUUCUUGGGAUGUUCUCGCCUUCUUCUCAGCGCUAUUCCUUAUCUUCUUGUUCUGUAUCAGCAAACUUGUGUGUCUAAUCUUCAGAAGGAUUGCGAAGAAGGAAUCUGCGAAAAAGAAGAGGGAGUAAAAAAUAUGGUUUGUGUAGUAAAUCAUGAUUAUAUUUACAAUAUUUACAAUAAAAAUGAAUGA